AUGUCGGAUCACGAGGAGGACCAUCACUUCGAGAAUGCCGACUCGGGCGCCGCCACCACCUUCCCGAAGCAGUGCUCGGCCCUGCGCAAGAACGAGCACGUCAUGAUCAAGGGACGCCCAUGCAAGAUCGUCGAGAUGUCCACCUCGAAGACUGGCAAGCACGGUCACGCCAAGGUUCACAUGGUCGCCAUCGACAUCUUCACCGGCAAGAAGCUCGAAGAUAUCUGCCCUUCAACCCACAACAUGGAUGUCCCGAUCGUCAAGAAGCGCGAAUUCCUGCUCAUGGAUAUCGGCGGUGAUGGUUUCCUCAGCCUGAUGGACCCAGAAUCGUGCGAGAGCAAGGACGAUCUCAAGAUGCCCGAAGACUCGACUCUUGCCCAGCAGAUCCGCGAAGCUUUCGAGAAGGACGAUGGUGGAAUCAACGUUACCGUGUUCUCUGCUUGUGGUGAGGAGGCCGUUAUGGGAUUCAAGAAUAUGCCCAAGGAUCAA